GUCCGCCGCGUGCUCCGCCCACUUGCAUGCCCGCAUCGGUGCGCUAUCGCACCCACGAUGGCACCUGCAACAGUCGACGCCGCCCACGUUGGGGAGCCGCGCAAAUGCCGUUCAAUCGUUUUAUGCCACCGGAAUAUGGCGAUGGCGUCGACUCGAUACGCCUGUCGAUAGAGGGUGGAACACUAGCCUCAUCACGUUUCGUCAGUCUAUUGGUGCAUGGUGCGCGCGAUGGCGAAGCUGCAGUGACGCUAAUGACCGCACAAUGGGGACAGUUGCUCGACCACGAUAUGACUUCAACAGCGCAACCGAGAUCGAUCAAUGGCUCUGUGCCCAGCUGUUGUGGCAGCACCGACUUUCAUCCGUCGUGCUUUCCCAUUAAAGUGCCGCUGGAUGAUCCAUGGCUGGCGCCGCUCAAGGUGCGCUGCUUAGAAUUCUUACGUUCCGCGCCUGCUCAGCGCAGGGAUUGCAUACUUUCGUGGCGCGAGCAAACCAAUCAGGCCACCUCAUACAUUGAUGCUUCGCCCAUUUAUUCUAAUAGCGCUAAGUCAUCGGAUAAUGCGCGCGUCUUCCGCAAUGGAUUAUUGGUGUUCGGACGCGGUAAUCCUGCGGAGGAUGUUUGCCAACAUGGCGCUAUAGCCACACAAUGCAUACGCGCAGGCGAUGGACGUAGCGGUGAGCAGCCCGGUUUGUUGGCACUGCAUCAUGUCUGGGUGGGAGAGCAUAAUCGCAUAGCUAUGGAGUUGAGUGAAUUGAACUUACACUGGAGUGACGAGAAAAUCUAUCAGGAGACACGUCGCAUAAUAGGCGCUUUAUUCCAGCACAUCACCUACAGGGAAUUCUUGCCGAUUGUGCUGGGCCGCGAAGUGUGUAGACUAUUUGAUUUGGAGUUGGUGAGCACUGGUUAUUACCAAGGUUACGAUCCAAAAACAAACCCCACGGUAGCGAACUCAUUUGCAGCGGCCGCAUUUCGCUUUGGUCAUUCAUUGGUGCAAAAUUCCUAUAAACGCUGUGAUCGGUUUCAUAAUUUCAUGCAAAAUAAUGUCAGCUUACACGAGGAAUUUCAGCGUGGCGACAUCGGUUCGCCAGGCUCGCUUCAUCGCCUCAUACGUGGCCUAGUGAAUCAGCGUGCACUCAAACGCGACGAGUUCAUAACACCUGAGCUGACCAAUCAUCUGUUCCAGACACCAGGCUUUCCGUUCGGUUUAGAUUUAGCAGCCAUUAAUAUUCAGCGCGGUCGCGACCAUGGAGUGCCACCCUACACCUCCUGGCGUGUGCCUUGUGGCCUUACACCCAUAAAUAGCUGGGAAGACUUCGCCAAUGUGGUUGGUCCACAGUCGGCACAGCGCAUUAGCCACGCCUAUCGUAGCGUGCAUGACAUCGACCUCUUUGUCGGCGGCAUUGCCGAACGACCAGUUGUAGGUGGACUCGUCGGUCCCACAUUCGCCUGCAUAAUCGCGCAACAGUUCAGUAAUUCGCGCAAGGGCGAUCGCUUCUGGUAUGAGAAUGGCGGUUUCGAGAACUCGUUAACGCCCGCGCAAUUGCACUCAAUAAAGCGCGUCUCAUUGGCGCAGGUCUUAUGUCGUGCAGUUGGUGGUGGCACAAUGCAACCGCAUGUAUUCUUACCCACCGACAUCAAGGGCAACGAGCGUCAAGCAUGCGGUACAGGAGCGCUGGCUCCACUCGACUUGAGUCCGUGGAUCGAACAAAAUCCUUUUGCGACUGUGCCAACAACGCCAACCGAUGAACCGGAACGUGUGUUUGAGAUCAUAACGACUGACAAAAUUACCGAGACUGUGCCGACUGAUUCUGUGACGGUGAUAAAAGAGAAUAAGGCAGGUUUUCCAAAUCGUGUACGACCAACGGAUCACAAGAAUUCGGCUACAGGGAACAAUGGCUUCGUGUCAGGCAUACAAGUGCCAGGCGAAAUUAUUCGCAUAAAUGACAAAUUAGACAUUCGACAGAAAGUUACACCGGUGAAACGACCAACUGUGACGGCCAAACCCAUCAAGGGUAUCAAUAACAAGCUUGAUCGAAACCCACCAAAGCUUACGCUUAAUAUACGAGGUGUGACUGUACAACGACCACAAGGUACACGACGCACGACAGCUGUGGUGAACAAUAUACCAAUAGAGCUACGAAGCGCAACACCAGAUGAGACUGAACCUAAUACCGCUACAAAAACAACUACUAUUAAGAUCAAAGAUAACUCACAGACAAACAUUGAGGGUACAACCGAAAGCCUAACUGUGGACAAAGUAGAAGCACGCACAGACGAUACUAACAAAAAAGCUGGACUUUUACUUAACGCAUUACCGCCGACUGAGGAGCAAAAAGACUUGCUAAAACUCCCACAAUUUAACGGAAAGGUGAGAGAAAAUAAAGCUGAUAACAAUACUACUAAUAUACCAACGACAUUGACUGCUUUUGGCAAAAGCGAAGCUACGAACGAACUAAUAGAAGCUAAACAGGAAAAUAGUUCUACCACAGAGGACAAUACAGAUAUCGUCACGGAACGACAAUCCAAAAUUGAAAUUGACAAAAGCGACAGAGUCUUCUUAGUUACUAUUGAGGAGACAAGUGGACUCGUGAAAACUGAAAAAGACGCAGCACACUUGGACGGUGACAGUAGCGUUGACGUAGAAAAUAUUUCCAACUUCAAGGACGCAAAGAAAGACCUUACAACCAACGCACACGCAACACACAGAGACGAAGAGCUACAAACUAACGGGAACGACGAAAAUACAGCAAAAAGUACUUUGUCUUCUGAAAAAGAGGACAACGAACUGCCAAUAAACGCUGACGCAACACACCUAGACGACGAACGGGGAACUAAUGAAGGCAACAGAAGUACUUCAGAGACUACUUUACUUUCCAAAGUCAUAAGCAACGAAUUAUCAAGCAACGCCGAACUUACAAAAACUAUUGACCAUACGAAUCAGUUGGAAACUUCCCUACCACGAGUACAGAUUAACAGAGACAAUGAAGAAAGUAUGCGAAAAAACGAAGAAUUCGUAGAUAUCGAGACACUUCUGCCAAGCACAAAACUGAACAAGACCACGCACUUUGAGGCAAUCGACGUCGGUACCAAAAAUACUACAGACAGUAUGGAAUUUGACACCCACGAGCCUACAACAGGCACAGUAGAAAUGCGACCGAACGAAGAACAAAAACGUUUACAACGACGUAGACUAGACGACAAUCGCAAGUUAAUUGUUGUCAAAGUACCGAACUGGAAUAAUGAGACCAAGAGUAGAUUUCAUACAAGGGCAAAUAAAACUGCGAACUUUAAGAAAUCCACUACAGAAAUACCACUUUUCAGUUUAACUAACACUCGCCCGACUUCUCGACAAGUUGAACUCAGACAAUACCAAACACAACCGACAUUUUAUACGCGACCGCAAAAAGUGGUAGUCAAUGGACCCAACACAGACCAAUACGAAAUCGAAAUAAACAUACGACAAACGAACAAACAAUCAACCUCAGCACUGCCUAUCGGCGCCUCUACCAAUUCUUACACGAACUAUGCUACUUCUUACAAACCAUUCGGCUAUAACAAAUACUCACCCAGUUAUGUGGGCACCUAUUACUCUAGCACUGUGCCGUCAUACGCGUUUUACCCAAACACACCAGCCGCCUCGUCAAAUGUGGUACAGACGCGUCGUACCAAACCGCCGACUGUAAUUUACAUUAACGAACAUGAAGACCGUUAUACUAGUACCACACGCUCACCCGGACUGUUACAAAAUAUCAUAUCAUUCGCCUCUAGCGGUUUUGGAAACAUCAACAAGCAACCGAGUCCACAUAGCACGACAAGUCAAAAGGAGCGUCCGCUUUAUGGAGCGAGCGUAUCGAGCGUGCAUGAGAACAAUCAUCAGAUUUAUGCACCACCGAAUACAGAUACGUCUGCCAUUUCGCAUUACGUACCACGCCCGGCCUCACAGCAGACCGGUCUACCAGCGUUUCCAGCAGUGCCUGCUGCAGCUAGUCUGAGUCAGGUAGGCGGUGUGGUGAGUAGCGGUGUUGUACAGGCAACCAGUAGUGCGAUUAGUGCUGGCAGUUUCGGCACUAUCACCGGAGUAGCACAAGCAAAUGGCGCCGAUAGCACAUUUAGUUUCAACAUACGACCUAAGCCCAGUGACGUUGGACAGCCGCAACAUCCAUUACCACCAAAUCAAAUUAAUGCUGGCAGUUAUGGUUUACUGCCCUCACGAAAUCCCACCUAUAAUCAACUACCAAAUCCUAGUUUUGGUAACUUGCCGCAUUCGGCAGCUUCCACUGGUGGUCACACAUACUUUACCAAUUCGCAGAAGGACAAUGCGAAUAGUCCAUUUUCAAGUGAAAAUAAGAGACCUCAACUGACAAAUUAUGGCUACUACAGUCAAAUACAGGCCGCACCAUUGCAGAAGAAGACAGAUCAAGAACAUAUUCUGACUAUAAGCGACUAUGACGAGCUUCCCAUAUCACGCACACUCGAACGACUGAUGACCAAGAAUGUGACACACGAAGCGAACAUUGCGUACGAUACGCAGACUGACGAGGACGAUGACGCUGACGACGAUGACGACGCUGAUUACGAUUACACGGACGAUAUUUUGGGUGUGAGUGAAAAAUUUGACCGCGACGGUUAUAUGAGACCUGAACAUAUGAUCAAUGCACUGAUUAAGUCGAAGGAGAACGAACUGAAAAACUUGACUGCCAACAAGAACUGCACUACAAAACCUUUGGACGACAAUUACGUACUACCAGUACUUAGUACCACCACAGACACGCUGAAAAAUAACAAUUCACUUGAACCACCCAAACAAAAUAACGACAUAAUAACAACAACCAUAGAAUUGGUGAAUGCGACGACAGAACUUGUGACGAACUUUCCCGAUAUUGAGGGUAAACAUCUCAAUAAUGACAUAUUAGCCGAAAGCCAUGAAGACGAUACGAACGAGACUUUGAUUGCUUCCAAAGCGAUUGCCAUCAAAACGUUGAGGGACGAAAAACAGGACACGAAGAAGUCUGGAAUGGAACAUGCAAAGGUUAAGGCCAUCCUUUCCGAACCAAUUGCUUUUGCGCCUAUCAAAAUUUUAACCAAAUUAGAACGACCAGACAAUUGGGUAAUUUACGAUUCACCCAAAAAUUAUCCGCUGCUGCCUGAAUUGCCGGUAAUGAAUGUGGAUUCUUCAGCACCUGCAGAUGAAAUACCAAUGCCUAUAAAGGGUUUGGCUAGCAUUUGGUUGAAAAAAAUUAAAAACCGAAAAGAUAUAAACAGAGCGCAAUUUCUCGCAACUGAACCACCGAAGUCCGUCGGCGCUAUGUUUGAAGAAGAGGCCAAUGUGAGGUCGAAGCCGCAGGCUUUUACGACGCAGGUAUCACCAACGAACGCGCUCGCCACCUAAGCUGAAAUGAAUGUUCUGGACGUGUAUAGGGGGCCGAAGGUCGAGACCUUUUGUAUGGUUAGUGUGUGUUGAAUCGACGCUGAUGUCGGUGAAUUAUGU